AUGAUGCAAGCCAAGAAGAUUAAGUACGACGUCAUCGGACUGACCGAGACGAGACGACGUCACCCUCUCAACGCCGUAUAUGAAACUGGAGAAGAACUGUUCUUAGGAACAUGCGACAGUAGAGGUGUAUGUGGAGUUGGCGUCCUCGUCAAGACGAGUAUGGCGAAGAACAUCGACUCUUUCGAACAAUUUACGACCCGAAUCGGACGUCUGCGGAUGAGAAGAUGUGAUCCAACACCAGCUUUGACUAUCUUCGUCGCUUACGCUCCAACAUCAAGCAACGAAGAAGAAGUCGAAGCCUUCUAUAUGGUCCUGUAG